UUACCUACGUGACUUUACCCCAUAGAACCAAAGAGUAUAGACAAAUCCUUGUCGACCAGACGAGUCGCUUGAAAUCUCUGCGGCCCCGCGCCAGCAGGGGGCGUGAGCGAGCACGUUGCAGGGCUGCGCCUUCAGCUCCCCCAGCAGCACCCAGGCCGGCACCACCACGGCCACAGCCGUGCCCCGCGGAGCCGUCGGGUUUUAUGCGUCUCUCCGUAGACAACACCGAAGAUAACAGCAACGAUAGCAGCAGCAGCAGCAAUGGAGGCGGCGGCACUGUUCGCGGAGUCCACGGAAGAGGAGUCGUUCUUCAAGGAGGGCGAAGGCAGCGCGGCCCGGGACGACGACGACGACGAGGAGGAGGCGGAGGAGGCGGCGGCGGGGGAGGCCGCCGCCGCCUCCUCCUCGCCGCGCUCCUUCACGCUCUAUGCGGCGCGGGGAUGCGGGGCGAAGUCACGACAAGCCUCAAUUACGGACACACUGCAGCAGCAGGAGGCUUCUAACCAAGACUUACGGCUGACGGUGGUCGCGAGCGACCUGGCGGCUGAGCGUGAGGCAGAGCUCCGCAGCUUCAUCGCCAGGCGCCUGGAGAAGGGCGCUCUCUAUGGCAGCAUCGGCAGCGUCGCCACUCUCAACCUCGCGUCAGCCGACGACAGCACGGCCUGCUACUACUGCCUGCUGCAGCAACCAUUACCGGUGGUGGCGGAGAGUGUGGAGAGUGUGGAGAGUGUGGAGAGUGUGGAGAGUGCGGAGAGUGCAGAGAGUGUGGAGCCCGGGGAGCCCGUGGAGGAUGGAGGAAGCGGCAGGGAGGAGGGCUCCAAUGGAGCCACGGCUGCUGAUUACGUCAUUUGUUUUUUGGGUCUGACAGAGCAGGGCCUCGAGUUGUUCAGGCCAGAGCUUGACAAGUACGCGGCUGGAUUGCUGGCGUACCUGGAUGCCGAGGUGGGCACGGAAGGCUGGCGCGGAGCAGCAUACCUGGGCGGCUGGCUUGAGGACGCGGUUCUCUACAUCCACCGCGUGCUGCGCACCCUCAACGGGCACAUCGCCAUGCUGCUACAUGCCGCUCUGAGUCACGCACCAGUGGACGUAGUCGGAGCCAAUGAAAAACUCAGCCAAGACAUAUCCAGGUUUGUGCAGACAAGCCGGCUCGAAGGGCUGAUGCCGGGGUCCCCUUCUGCGUGGCCCCAGUCGGCGGGCAACAGCACGGUGACGGUCGACUGCAGCAGCGACUCCCCGAGCGUGAGGAACGGCACCAGCAAUAGGUUCUGCGACACGUGGGCAGACGCCCUGACGCGGGCAGCGGAGACCGGCAGCGCCUUUGUCCUGCGCCAGAUCCUGGAGAACUUCAAACUCAAGGCCAUCCAGGACAUGAACAGCUUCCAGCGGCUGCUGAAUCAGGCGGAGAGCGACCACUACGCGCUCUACCGCUGCCUGCAGUUUGUGCGCGCGUGCGGGAACGGCGGGGUGCUACUGUCCUGUCCCGCGCUGGGGCCGGGCCUCGUGCCGGCGUCACGGCCCGCGGCGCUCAGCGUGCUGUGCGUGCUCGCCGAGUUCACGCGCGAGAAUGGGGAGACCCUGUGAGACCCUGUGAGACCCUGUGAGACCCUGUGAGACCCUGUGAGACCCUGUGAGACCCCGUGAGACCCCGUGAGACCCCGGCGAUACCCCGUGAGACCCCGGCGGGCCCUCGGAGAGACCCCAUGAGACCCCAGCGAUACCCCCGUGGGAACCCCGUGAGACCCCGUGGAGACCCCGUGAGACUCCGUGAGACCCCGUGGAGACCCCGUGGAGACCCCGUGAGACCCCGUGAGACCCCGUGAGACCCUCGUGAAGACCUUUGUGAGACCCCGACGAGGAGGACAACGACCAAACUGGAACAGAAGCAGACUGCACUCCGUAUCCCACGUCAAGCGCAUCCCGAGCUCUGCCCAUCUCCACACACGUUCAGCGUUUAAUUCGGAUGGUUCUUUUUAAUUACCACCGUUAUAAUGUUCGGCGCAAGCGCAGGACGUCAAAUGUUGUGGCUAAAACUUAAUUUAAUUAGCCGUUAUCAAAUGCUCCUCUCAAUUCACCAGACUGAUUAAAGCAGUCGGGUAUCGACAUGGCCCAUGCCAUUUCUGCCCACAAAUGAUAGCUCGGCAAAGUGGCUCAUGUGGAAAUUUAUAGCAGCCAAAUACUCUAUAGAUGCACAUUAAACAAAAUAAAUAAUUUCGUUGUUUACAUUCUUAUAUGGCCACAAAGUAUGGCUCAACGAAGUGGCUUAUUGCGUGGACAUUUAAAGCAGCAGGCAAAUACUCGAAGUGGCUUAUCAUGAUGUGGAAAAUUAGAGCAGCCAAAUACUCUUAAACGUGCAUUGAUUCUAAAUGUGGAGGGUAAAACUGGGGAAAGAGACACGCAAACUCCAAAUAUACAGGUGUCAGGGUUGGGAUUGACCCCACGAACUCCUGUAAACCUGACAAGGUGUUAAAAAUCUCACCACCGCUGUGCCCCAAGGAUUGGAGGUCACCACACUGGGCUGCGCUUGGCCCAUUGGGCGGGGUCCCGGCACUACGUUCGAGACACGGAGGCAUUGGGGAGUUUGCGACGGGCGCACCAGUGCCUUGUAGACACUGCUACACUCACUACAUUUCGGUCCAGCUUGUGGCAGAUUCACCAUGUCCGGUGUUGUCAUUUAAUUGAAUGCAAGUGAGACACUGCUGCCGAGUUAACCCUUGAACUAUUAUUUAUAAAAUAAUAAAUAAAAUAACCUUAUCGGUACGUCUUCAGGUCGGAAGAUGUACCGAGGCUCCCACAAGGCGAUGUGGGGGAGGGCGUGCGGCAGAGUUUGGCGCCAGCUAUCAUAGAGUGCGGUGUCGCUGCGGUUCUCUGCGGUGAGGACAAUGUAUUUAAAAACAACGUCGCUCUUAAUAAAAUUAACGCUCAGCCGCUCGCGCGUUCUGAGAUUCAGCAGCGGUGAACGGGACACCCACCCUGCAACUUUACAGACAUCUCGGGAACGGGAUAGGGGUAACCCGCUUUGAAAGUUACGUAACCACUAACACGGCAUUCCGUUUGGACGGAGGCGAGAUGGGGAAAGGCGGAGAGUAGUACCGAGGAGAAAUUUAAGAAAGCAUUGGCCAAGCAUACGAAAUGAUUCCGUUUGGCACGUUUGAUUUUUAAAUGCUUAUCGUUUGCUUUGGUUUUUUAAAUUCCAUUCUGUGGUGAAAAGUGUGGUUGGUUAACUGGGUGUAUUGUGGUAUACGUUGUCGAGUUCAUUCCUUUGCACGAAAAGAUGAUGCUGAUAAAAUGUAUGUUCACGCGACUCAACUGUUUGGGCAAAAAGUCAACACGCUGCUUUAAUUUUCCAAGGGAGGGUUUUUGUUUAUUAAUUUAAAAUCAAAACAGAAACAUCUUCCUGGUGCACGUUUCCAAGACGACUGCCCAGAGCUUGUUGUGGGAAUGUAACUAAACGUGAUCACCGACCUUCAGAAAUGUUCGCAACGGACACAAAGACGCUACACGGCACGGUUAAAAUAAUGACCCGCGUAAAAUCGAUAUUACUAAAUACAAAUUGAAAUGUUUGGUUAAUUUAUGUACUAGAGUGUACUUUGUUUUUCAUUGUUUUAGACGACUGACUUUACCAGGAUUUUAUAUUUCAAGGUAAUCUCCACGCUGUUUUAUUUGCUGUAAUUGAGGUCAAAGUGCCGGCGCGAAUGUCGCUGUAAAUUGUUAAUUAGCUCCCUGUCCACACAGCUGUAGCAAUGGGUUUUGUUUGCCGAUGUAAUAAUUGGUAGUCUUAACUACCAUUCCGAAUAAAGUAAUUUAUUCCGUGGAAUAACAA